CCACACUAUGGGUGUGUGAUAGUCUCUCCUGUGGACCGUUUACAUCAUUGGAAGGUGAUCAGUAGUGUGUGAGUUCUCACAUGGCUUGUCCUGAGAACAUGUUUUUUCUCAUUGGCCUCUUUAUGUCAGGUGUUUUGGCCCGUUUUGGCCAACGAGGUUUGAUCGCCACAAUGCCAGAUAGACUGGAUGUACUGACUGGCUCCUGUGUGCAAAUCCCAUGUGCAUUUGAAAUUCCUGUCAAAAAUAUAAAUAAAUUUAACAGCACAAUACUUACCUUUGGAGUGUGGAUUAAAGAAUCACCACAGUUUGGUGACAAUCUGGCCAAUGUGAUAUUUAACACUAGUAAGAUGGUCAACAGCUAUCAAGGGAACAUAACUGGAAACAUGUCCCAGAAGAACUGCACCACAGUCUUCUUCAAUGUAACCACCAGUUACUCUGAUAAAUACUUCUUCAGGAUUGAAAGUCAACCAUACCGUGCAACAGACAAUGAAACGUCUGUUAAUAUAGAUGUCAGGGAUUUGCCUCCCAGUCCCAUCAUUACUGUCUCAGGUGAGGUGAAGGAAAAGACCCCUAUCAGUUUGAACUGCUCUGCUGUCGCUCCCUGUCCCGAAUACCCCCCUGAGCUGACAUGGACCCUCCCAACACAGUUCACACCUGAGAACCAACUGCAGGAGAAUCCAGACCAAACCAAAUCAGUUCUCUCCACAGUGACCUUCACUCUGUCAUACCUUCAUCAUGAGAAGAACAUCACUUGUACUGCAGUCUACCCAGUAGGGACAAGCAACAAGACAGCUGAACAUACCAUGAUGCUUAACGUUUCAUUCUCUCCUAAGGACACCUCAGCCUCCAUCAUUCCAGCUGAUCCAGUAUUAGUGGGCAGCUGUGUUAAUCUGACCUGCAGCAGUACAGCCAACCCUCCUGUGACAAACUUCACCUGGUUCAAGAUCAGUGGGGGUAAACCAACACAGGUAGCAUCUGGACAGAGUUACACCCUCAAUGUGACUGCUGGUGAUGGAGGACUGUACUACUGUGAAGCAAGAAAUAGUCACGGCCUUGGGAAGUCAGAGGAAGAGAAGUUGGCUAUUAAAAGUAAAACAGGCACGUCGGGCACAAUCUUAUUAGAAAUGACCAUAAUGUGUGCUGUAUUUUCAGGACAAGAAGAGCCUGUUAACCGAAUGGUUUUUGGGGUUGCAGCAGGAACUCUGGGGGUCUUUCUGCUUAUCAGCCUGAUCAGUCUUUUUGGAUGGAGGAGAAACUCUAGGCUCCCCGAUGGACUUGAAAGGACGGACAAUCCACAGGGACAGAACUCCCCGGUUGGGACGGUGUGUGUUAACCAGAAAACAGCCGGAGAGAAACCAGAGGAACCUGCAGAAGACCAGCCUGAAGAGAUCCACUAUGGUGACAUAGACUUCUCCAAACUACGGCCCAAAGAGACCCCAGCUGCAGCCCAGGACAGGAACAGGGUCCAGGGGCAGGAGAGUGAGUACGCUGAAGUCAAUGUGACCAGGAGAGGGCCCCAGGAACCACACCUUAACUAUAUAGAUGGGCUUUAUGCACAAGUGAAUAAAAGAGGUGCAUUUUAAGUAUUUGGGGUAUAUACAGUAUGUCUUGUGUGCACUGAGCUCCAACAGUACUGGGACAGUGCCAUUUAUUUAACUUUUUAGAAUCCGUUCUCCAGAACUUUUGUUUGAAAUGAAACAUUGACUAUGAGGUUAAAAUGCAUACUGUCAGCUUUAAUUCCAGGGUAUUUUAAUCCAUAUCGGGUGAA